AUGUUGGAAGGAUCUACAGCGGCUACGAGCAUCGUCCCUAUUACGGACACGAAUAUAGGGGUGGGACCUGUGGCAAAAGCACCGGAUAUGGGUGCUAAGUUGCCUCUGGUGGACAUCCCACUACCUGAAUCUCAGAGUCAAAUGGACCAGUUGGUGUACAGGUAUAAAGUCAUCUGUGAGAAACCAAGGGAAAAUGAAUUGGAGAUCGGCGCUAUUGAACGGACAUUUGCCAGGAUUUCAAAGGAACAGGAUCUUUUCUUGGAAAGGCAGAGCCAAUUGAAGGCAACAGCGAAAAAAGAAGCAGUUUACGAUGACGAGGUCUUCGCUAAACAGUUGUUGGCGUUGCAAAUGUUGGAAAAAAAUUUAGAUAUACCUGAUGAGUUAUUGAACGCAGACGAUUCCGUACCAAAAGAGGUAGAAAGUGUAUCUGCCCAGGAAACACCAACGGCACUGCCAUCGAUCACGACAUCGCUCGAUUUCAACGAACAGGCUGACAAAUUUGGCCUACUCCCCAAGUUCACAAACUUGGAAAGAUCUGUCAUGGGGGAUCCAAAGACGGAGGAGGCUGUCUCUCGUCUAAUUGCAAACCGGAUGUACGAACUAGAAAGACUACCCGGGAACCUUGGCACUUACUCUCUUGACGAUUGUUUGGAUUUUAUGACGAAAGGUGAUUUGCCAAGUAAUGUGGAUAAACUGAAAAUAAAAGCCCUUUUGGAGCUGAAAGGUUUGAAACUGUUAACAAAACAGAAGUCUGUCAGACAAAAAAUAAUCACCAACGCUACUUUGCGUGCGCACCACACUAUCUCAUGCCUGAGCGAAUCGCCCUAUAUUUUGGCCGCACAGAGAUCCGUCCAGGUGAGAAGCAAGGUCAUCGUGCCGCAGACUGCAAGAAUUGCCGAGGAAUUGGAAAGACAACAACUCUUGGAGAAGAGGAAAAAGGAAAGAAACUUACAUAUGCAGAAGAUCAACAGGAUCACUGAGUUUGUACAGGAUAGAUUGGACAACCGUUACACGCAUAAUGAUCGUUGCGGCCAGUUUGGGAAGAUUAUAGCUUCUGCACACGUGCAAAUUGAAAAGGACGAACAGAAGCGGAUUGAAAGAACGGCCAAGCAACGUUUGGCAGCUUUGAAAUCGAACGAUGAGGAGGCUUACUUGAAGUUGUUGGAUCAAACAAAGGAUACAAGAAUUACUCAGCUAUUGAGACAAACCAAUUCGUUUUUGGACUCUCUGUCCCAAGCAGUCAGGGUUCAGCAGAAUGAGGCGAAACUGCUAAAAGGUGAGGAAAUUACACCUAUCACUGACGAGGAAAGAGAAAAUAUAGAUUAUUAUGAAGUGGCCCAUCGGGUGAAAGAGAAAGUCACCAAACAACCGAGUAUGCUGGUUGGUGGUACUUUGAAGGAGUACCAAAUACGUGGUUUAGAGUGGAUGGUAUCCCUCUAUAAUAACAACUUGAACGGUAUACUCGCUGAUGAAAUGGGUUUAGGUAAGACGAUCCAAUCGAUCUCUUUGAUCACCUACCUUUACGAAAUGAAACAAGACCGGGGUCCAUAUCUGGUCAUAGUACCGCUAUCCACUAUAGCAAAUUGGACACUAGAAUUUGAAAAGUGGGGUCCAGGCCUAAACACUAUCAUUUACAAAGGUACGCCCAAUCAAAGACGGACUUUGCAACAUCAAGUUAAAACAGGGAACUUUGAUGUUCUCUUGACUACUUAUGAAUAUAUUAUUAAGGACAGAUCUUUACUGUGCAAGCACGAAUGGGCACAUAUGAUUAUCGACGAAGGUCACAGAAUGAAGAACGCACAAUCGAAGCUGUCGUUUACUAUUCAGCAUUACUACAAGACUAGAAAUAGACUGAUUUUGACUGGUACUCCCCUACAAAACAAUUUGCCUGAACUAUGGGCUUUGUUGAAUUUCGUUUUACCCAAGAUCUUCAACUCCGCAAAGACUUUCGAGGAUUGGUUCAACACACCUUUUGCAAAUACCGGUACCCAAGAGAAACUAGAACUGACCGAAGAAGAGACAUUGUUGGUUAUUAGAAGACUUCACAAAGUACUGAGACCAUUUUUGUUGCGUCGUUUGAAAAAGGAAGUCGAAAAAGAUCUACCAGAUAAAGUUGAAAAAGUCAUCAAAUGCCAUCUUUCAGGGUUGCAACAGCAGCUAUACGGGCAGAUGCUUAAACACAAUGCUUUGUUUGUUGGUGAGGGUACUGAAGGUGCUACGAAAUCAGGUAUCAAGGGUCUGAACAAUAAAAUUAUGCAGCUGAGAAAGAUUUGUAACCAUCCCUUUGUGUUCGAUGAAGUAGAGGGUGUCAUAAACCCUUCGAGGGAGAAUAGUGAUCUGUUGUAUCGUGUUGCUGGUAAGUUCGAGCUCCUAGAUCGUGUUUUGCCCAAGUUUAAAGCCACUGGCCACAGAGUGUUGAUUUUUUUCCAAAUGACUCAGGUGAUGGAUAUCAUGGAGGAUUUCCUGCGUUUAAAAAACUUGAAAUACAUGAGACUGGAUGGUAGCACGAAGGCGGAGGAUAGAACCGGGAUGUUGAAAGAGUUCAACGCUCCAGACUCUGAUUAUUUCUGUUUCUUGUUGUCUACAAGAGCUGGUGGUUUGGGUUUGAAUUUGCAAACUGCGGAUACGGUCAUUAUCUUUGAUACCGACUGGAAUCCGCAUCAGGAUUUACAAGCGCAAGAUAGAGCUCAUCGUAUCGGUCAAAAGAACGAGGUGAGAAUCUUGAGACUGAUCACAACUGACAGUGUUGAGGAGGUUAUCUUAGAGAGAGCCAUGCAGAAGUUGGAUAUUGAUGGGAAGGUCAUCCAGGCCGGUAAAUUUAACAAUAAAUCCACUGCUGAAGAACAGGAGGCCUUUUUGAGAAACCUGCUGGAAAAUGAAACUGCAAAGGACGACGACGACAAGGCCGAGCUAGAGGAUGAGGAGUUGAACGAAGUGUUGGCGCGUUCCGAAGAGGAGAAGAUUUUAUUUGAUAAAAUGGAUAGAGAAAGGGUCGAGCAAGAGAAGAAGGAGGCCAAGGCUGCUGGGUUGAAGAAGGCCAAACCAAGACUGAUUGAGACCGACGAACUACCUGAAGUGUUUACGGAGGAUAUCACUGAACACUUGAACAUAGAACCGGCGGCCGUUGGUAGGAUGAGAAAGACUAAAAGAGUAUACUACGAUGAUGGAUUGACUGAAGAACAGUUUUUAGAGGCUGUUGAGGACGACAACAGUACAUUAGAGGAAGCAAUUGAGAAAAGGCGUGUAACAAGGGAAAGAAGGACGCGACUAAGGGAAGAAAAAGAACGUACUGAAGAACUCGAUGGCGACAACGUCGUAGGAGUGGACGGUUACCAAGAGAAUAGAGAGGUAAAAACUUUGGAAAACACACCUGAAGCUGCCGUAGAGACGCCUCAGGCCAACGGGGGUCAAGACGAUCAGGCAGACGAGCAGCCCUCUCCCCCAUCACGGCGCUCACGUACCACCCGGAUCAGAAUGAAGGGGGGCCCUAUCAAGGAGAACAUCAUCAGCAAGUCAGACUCUAUACCACAACCAAAGAGAACUGCCUCUGUGGAGAUCUUAGAUGAUAUUGCAUCUGAGCCGGACAAGAAGAAACCGAGGUUGAGGGUCAAACUAACUUUGAAGGAUUCCCCAGCACCCGUGCAAGCCCCGGCCCCAGCCCCAGCCCCAACCGCAACCCGUGUCAAGGUCACUACUGGUACAUCUAACGGGAAGGCGAACGGCGGCCCUACAAGACCGUCAUCGAAGGCUGAAUUUAUGGCUCUGGUCGAGAACUUGUUUGACACGCUGCGCAAAGUUGAGGACAGCACGGAUCAGCAUUUGUGUUCGGAGGCCUUCGAGAAGUUACCACCAAAGAAGUUGUACCCUGACUACUACACCGUGAUAGAGAAACCGCUCUCAUUGGAGUCCAUCAUGCGGAACUGCAAGAGAGGAGCGACGAGAACGCUCCCUGACGUGAAAGCCGCCCUCGAAACGAUGUUCGACAAUGCAAGAUUUUACAACGAGGAAGGUUCCUGGGUCUACACAGACGCGGAAGCACUGAACAGAGCUUCCGACGAGUGGUUCAAAAGCCACAUGUAA